AUGAUAAUAAGGAAGAAGUUUAAGCAUACAUAUAUUUUCUAAUAGUAAAUUUUCAAGCAGAUUAUCAAAUAUAUACAUUAUACAGUCAAGAAUCUUUAAAUAAUACUAAUUAAUUUUAACUAGUAAACUAAAUAUCAAGUCUAGACUUCGAUAUAGAUUAUUUAAAAAUCUCCAAUUUUAAUGCAAAUUAUCCUUUUCGUAAUAAAAAUGCGCCUAAAUUUUCGCCCGAUAUUCCUCAAAAUUUCACCUUUAAUUUAGCUUGGGACGAUUCUUAGAGAAGUAUAUAUAUCUGCAAACUAUAAAUAGAGCUUCCUCCUUCUGAUAAUGCAUACAACUCAGAAAUAAAAAAUAUCAAAAUUAAUGACGUUUAUUCUUCCAAAUUCGAUCUUUUUGUAAAAUAAGAAGAAACAUCAUUAAAUCUAGAAGUCCCAUUAGUCAGUAAUACAAAUAUAAAUGAUGAUAUAGACGAAAUAACAAUAAUUAUAGCCAAUGAUUUAUCAAUACUUGAAUAUAUUGAAAAUUUUAAUAAUAUAAAAAACAGUGAAACAAAUAUUAUUGCCUACAGAUAGUAUUCUUAAUGUAUAAACAAUUUUAAGUCCGAUACUAUAUUUUAAACCUUUAUUAAAUUCGCUGAUAAAUACUUUAUUGUUCAAUGUAGAGAUUUCCAAGGAAACUCAAUAAUGA